AUGGAACACACGCGAGAAUUCGAAUUGCUGAAUCUAACAGUACUCGAACACUUCUCGGAAAUGGACCUUGUUCACGUGCACUCUAAACAACAAAUAAACCUAAACUGCCUUCGUCAUAUAAGAUCGUUGGGCAAACUAUUAGUUGCCAAGUCUGAAAUACUAAAAAACCGUUCACAUCGUCUGUACUACGUGCUACCGCGGUUUGGUAUGGUAUUGCCACUAGACGACAGUAUAUCGUAUGAUGUGUUCUAUGAUUGGUUACUUUACAAAAGCGUGAAUAAUUUGUUUGCAGUSAUUGAAAACCUCACAACAACCGAUUUCAAAAAAGUGGUGACGAUGUAUGUGAGCCAAAUGCCUACAUUAGUAAAGGAACCAGCUAAUCGUGUUUUCAAACAAACGAUCGCCAAACCAUUUAGUCACCGGCCUAUAGAACCAGAACUYGAUUCAUUUGAUGUACAGCCUUCUCUCAAAGAAAGUCUUCUGCGCCAAAAUUUAAAAUUUGAUCAUGUAUUAAAACCAGUAUCUCGAUGUAUAAACAAAAAAAAAACUCGGCCUUUAAAUCAUCAAUUAUUCAGAACUCUAUUUGAAGACAACAUUAACGAGUCUGGUGAACUAUUAUUAUUUUGUGAAGUAAGAUGGCUUACAAGAGGAAAAGCAUUAGAAAGAAUUUGGAAUCUAACAGACGAAAUUAUUGAAUUUUUAGAAAAAAAUAAUGAAUUUCCUGAUAAAUGUGAACUACUGAGAGAUAAAAACUGGUUAAUUAACCUUGCAUUUUUAACUGAUAUUCUCGGACAUUUAAAUAUUCUUAAUAAAUGA